AACAAGUGCAAAUUAUAUAGAGAGAAAGAAAUGGAGAAACAAACAGAUAGUAAUAAGGGAUCUAUAGAUAAGAGUAAAUUAGAAGGAUUGCCAGUGGAUACAAGUCCAUAUACACAGUAUAAGGAUUUGGAGGAUUACAAGCAACAGGGUUAUGGAACACAAGGCCAUCAACAGCCCAAUCCUGGGCGUGGUGCUGCCAGUUCCACCGACGCCCCAACCCUAGCAGGUGGUGGAUCUGCCUCUGCUCAAGCUCAGCUUUCUGCUACUGAUAACAUCAAUCGCCACGGUGUCCCUUAAUU